AUGAUGAUUAUAUUUUUAGUUUAAAAGCUUGUUUGAGAAAAUUAAAGAUUAAUGGUGGUUUGUUAGGAUGUAAUUACUGUUUGAAAUACGACAAUAAUUGAAGAAAUAUAUUAGCAAAAUGCUCUGGGUGUAGGUCAUUAAUAAAAUUAUUGUCAUAAAGAAAAGAAAAUCUCGAUGAUGAGACAAUCAACAUAACAAGAUCUUGCGAAUCUGCCAUGUCUACUUACCAAUCAAUGACCUCACUGAUGGUUUCCUUUGCAAUCUCUUCAAUAGUUACAUGUAAACAACUUUAAUCCAAAAGAUUAUCUUGAUCCACAGAAUUUGUGGUCACAUUAGCUAAAAAUCACUACCCGGAUUAAUCGUCCUAAAAUCAAAAGUUUUUUUUGGCUUUGGUAAGAGUUGUAAUAGAUCAAGAAUACCUCUUAUCCAGAAUCAACCAUUGCUUAUAAAUGCACAUAACAUCCUGCACCAACCGCAAAAGGGCCGGGUUGACCCACCUAGCUUAAAUUCUCCUGCCGGUGCCUGGCCCACCGCAAGAUAUCCACCGGCGUGAAGUCCACCGCGUUAUGACAAAUAAGAAGCAAAAAAAAAAAAAAUUCUCCAUAAUAAUAUUUUCUUAAGUUUAUCAAAAAAUAGUAUAAAAAUUCUAAAAUGUCACUCAUUUAGCAAAAAAAAAAACUAAAAUAUUAUAAUUCCUAAAUCUUAAUCACUCAUAUUCCCUAAAUAAUAAAUUUUCAAUCCUAAUCACUACACUCAAACCUAAAUAUAAAAUUUAAAUUAUUUUAAAAUUUUAAGUUAAUGAUAUUUUAGAAUUUUUUCUUAUGUGCUAUUUUAUAAUAAAAAAUGUUUUAGUAAUAUUUUUCAAGAAAAAAACAAAAACAAAAGGAGAUGAGCUGUUAGAAGGACCCACACCACACAUGUGCUCUCCUUCCAGUCUCCACCAGCUCCUGCCUCUCAAUCAUUAGCUUCCCUUCCUCUUCCUCCUCUUAAUGUGUUUCAGUGAGUCAUAGACUGCUUAGCUACCAUUCCCUUUUCCUUCUUCUUCUAAGAACCAUGUCUAAUACCACCAACGGAGUUAUGAUCUCAAACGGAGACAUACUCGAACGCCAGAGACAAAAACAACAACAGCAACCAUCAGAGAGAGCUCCCGUUGUGAAGAAACCUCCAGCGAAAGAUCGACAUUCGACACACAAAGUAGACGGAAGAGGGAGGAGGAUACGUAUGCCAAUCAUAUGCGCAGCACGUGUGUUCCAGCUAACAAGGGAGCUCGGCCACAAGUCCGACGGUCAAACUAUCGAAUGGCUCCUCCGUCAAGCUGAGCCUUCCAUCAUAGCCGCAACGGGAACCGGCACGACCCCGGCGAGCUUCUCCACCACCUCAACAUGCACUAUCUCCUCGUCGUCUCUAGAUCAUAAACCUUUACUAGGUUCCUCACCGUUUAUACUUGGAAAACGCGUGAGAGAGGGUUUCGGAGGUGCUAUACCAGCUGGGUUUUGGUCUGUUCCGGCGAGGCCAGAGUUCGGACAAGUUUUGAGCUUUGCCGCCGGAGCUCCACAUGAGAUGUUCUUGCAACAACAUCAACAACAAGAAGCAGCUGCCCUUUUUGUUCACCAGCAGCGACAGCAACAAGGUGCAAUAGGUGAAGCUUCGGCAGCUAGAGUCGGUAAUAAUCUUCCGGGUCAUCUUAGCUUGCUUGCUUCUUUAUCUGGUGGAGUUCCCGCGUCGGGUCGGAGAGAGGAUGACACACGUUGAUGAUGAAGUUGAGCUCCUUUUUACUUUGGUAUAUGUAUAUUAAUUUCUUUUUCUCUAUGUUUGUGUUUUAGUUUUUAGAGAUUGAUUGAUUCCAAGUGUGAUGUGAGACAGUGAGAGUAUCGUUAGUGUUUAAGCUAAAACUAGCUAGGGUUAUAUAGGUUAAAUAAUCUUGUCUUAAAAGUUUUGUUUCAUGAAGUUUUUGUUUUUGUGGGAGAUCAAGAUUUACUUAGUACGUCAAUUAGGGCAAUUAAGAAACCGUGGAGGUUUUGCCCUUGUGUCUGUUUUUUUUUUCGGCGAAGCAGAGCCGUUGUCAAAGUAAUAUUAUUAUAAAUAUAUGUAUAUUGUUUCU